AUGACCUCUUCAAGAUUUCAAUCCUCCAAUUUAUUCAAACCAAUCAAGAUCGGCAACGUCACCCUCCAAAACCGUAUCGCCCAUCUUCCAACCACCCGUAAUCGUGCCGCCAAUCAUGUUCCAACCGACUUAAUGAAACAAUACUAUACCGACCGUGCCAAAUCAGGAUCAUUACUCGUUACCGAAGCAACCUUAAUCUCGUUAAAUCAAGGUAUUUACCCAUUGGUGCCAGGUAUUUUCACCAAACAACAAUCCCAAGCCUGGAAGGUGAUUGUUGAUAGUGUUCAUGAACAAGGUGGGGCUAUUGCAUUACAAUUAUGGGCAUUGGGUAGAGUUGGGAAUGCGAAAUUGUUAAAAGAGAAUGGAUUACCUUUGACUGGUCCUUCACCAAUUUAUGAACAUGAACAAGCUGAAAAAGAUGCCAUUGAAGCUGGGAAUCCAAUUAAAGAAUUAAGUGAGGGUGAGAUUAAGGAUAUUAUAUAUAAUCAAUUUAGUAAUGCUGUUAAAUUGGCCGAUGAGGCCGGGUUUGAUUUUAUUGAAUUACAUGGUGCCAAUGGAUAUUUAUUUGAACAAUUUAUUCAUCCUGGUAUUAAUCAAAGAAAAGAUACUUAUGGUGGUGAAUCGAUUGAAAAUAGAGCUAGGUUUUUAUUUGAAACUCUUGAUCAUUUGUUUACGUUAGUUGAUUCCAAGAAAUUGGCUAUUCGUCUUUCUCCGGUUAAUUUAUUCCAAACUCCUGAAGUCAAUCCUUCAUUCGUGGAAGAUUAUACUUAUAUCGCUAAAGAAUUACAAAAAAGGGCUGAUGAAGGUCAUGAAUUGGGAUAUAUCAAUUUAGUCGAUGGUAGAUUUGCCGACGCUACUAUGGAAAAAACCACAGCUAUUGAUUUAGGAUUCAUUCAUGAUAUUUGGAAGGGGGUUAUUAUUAGAGGUGGUAAUUACACUUAUGAUGAAGGGUGGAAACAAAUUGAAGCUGAUGCUAAUGAAGAUGAUAGAACUUUGGUUGGUUUCGGGAGAAAUUUCAUUGCUAAUCCAGAUUUACCCCAAAGAAUUAAGAAUGGUUGGUCUUUGAAUAAAUAUGAUAGAAAUACUUUUUACACUCCAAGUAAUUUUGGAUAUAAUACUUAUCCAUUCCAUGAUGAUUCUACUCCAGUUGAUGAAGAAGCUGAAAAAAGUAGAUUUGGUGUUGCUUUAGCUUAG